AUGGGAGAGAUAGACCGCAAGUCUGUUACUACCCCUGUUAACGAGGGAUCGCCUCUUAUGGCCGCCACACGCGGUGCAAGCGGACGUGGUCUACCGCCUAAUGCCGGUGUUGAUGAGUCGUCGAAGAGUGCAUUGUACUUGCUGCUUUUGACGUUAUCUAUUGGUGGGCUUCAGAUUGUUUGGUCUGUUGAACUUUCUCAUGGCUCACCAUAUCUUCUAUCCCUUGGAAUGAGCAAGUCGCUUCUUGCCUUUGUUUGGAUAGCAGGUCCCUUGACAGGCGGCCUGGUGCAGCCCUAUAUUGGGAUUCGAAGCGAUAAUUGCCGAAUUCCAUGGGGCAAGAGGAAGCCGUUCAUGCUUGUUGGGAGCGUGGCGACGAUUGUCGCGUUGAUAGCUCUGGCAUGGGUGAGAGAGAUCGUGGGCGGGUUCCUGUCUAUCUUCGGCGCCGAUCCAGCGUCUGCUGGUGUCAAGAUUGCGAUUAACAUCGCGGCAACGAUUCUCAUGUAUUGUCUUGACUUCGCUAUAAAUACCGUGCAAGCUGCAAUCAGGGCAUUCAUUGUCGACAACUGCCCCGCCCAUCAGCAAGAGUUGGCAAAUGCCUGGGCUAGUCGGAUGACAGGCAUUGGCAACAUCCUGGGGUACAUCUUUGGCUACAUGGACUUGCCGAAGUAUGUGCCGUUUUUGGGGAAUACGCAGUUCAAGGUGCUGUGUGCUCUUGCUUCGGUCUCACUAUGCGUUACCGUUGCCAUCAGUUGCGCGUACAUCAAAGAGCGGGAUCCUCGAGCAGAAGGGCCUGUGGCUGAUAGUCUUGGUGUGGUCUCCUUCUUCCGACAGAUCCUCAAGUCUAUUCGGAGCUUGCCUACACAAAUUGCCCGGGUUUGUGAGGUGCAGGUUGCAGCGUGGGUGGGCUGGUUCCCGUUCCUCUUCUAUUCGACGACCUACAUCGGCCAGUUGUACGUCAAUCCGAUAUUCGCAGACCACCCAAAUCUCCCCGCAAAGGAUAUUGAUAUAGCCUGGGAAGAGGCUACCCGGGUUGGGACUUUCGCUCUGCUCAUCUACGCUGUCAUCUCCUUCCUCGCCAAUAUGUUGCUCCCACUAUUUGUAGUGCCAUCAUAUGGACCUAUUCCCCAAACGGAUACGCACCAGGAGCCUCUAGAAGGGUCCUCUGAUGAUGAGCGGGAGCCCCUUCAGAGGAGAUUGUCUUUCUCAAGUAUGCCGACGGGCAAUGCAUCCGAGCCUUUUCUCGAUGCCGCGCCAGUUAGACAGGAGCCUGGAGGGAAGUCGAAUUGGCUUUCACGACUACAGAUUCAAGGGCUGACCCUUCCGCGAGUCUGGCUCUUCUCCCACCUUCUCUUCGCCGCGUGCAUGUUCAGCACUUUCUUCAUCUACUCCCACCAAGCUGGGUCGGCGUUUGUCGGCCUGGUCGGUAUCUCUUGGGCUGUAGCCCUCUGGGCACCCUUUGCUCUCAUCUCCGCAGAGGUAGCUAGGACCGAUCCUUCCCGGAGAACUCGUCGGACAGACCCAACUACCUCUGCUGAGUAUGUAGCCCCCGAGACGCACGAUGAGGAGCUCGACGAACACAUUAACGUUGCCGGCAGUGAUAUCGAGCAUGGACAGCCUAAAAACUACGGGGAUGUGGCGCAAGCCGGGAUCAUUCUCGGACUGCAUAACAUGGCCGUCUCCUUUCCGCAGAUCUUCUCGAGCCUUAUCUGCAGUGCUAUCUUCAAGGCAUCUCAGAAGCCGAGAGGGGAGCCGUGGGAUGAUAGUGUGGGCUGGGUGCUACGAUUUGGUGGAUGUGCUGCUUUAGUGGCUGCUUGGUUGACCAGACGAGUCUCGGAUGGGUCGAGAUAG